AUGAGCGACAAGGGUAAAUGGAUCAAGCCUGAAAGCACAAAGCCCGUCCUAAAAGUCUAUAAUACUUUGACGAAAACAAAGGAGGAGUUCAUCCCCAUCAAUGGAAACUUUGUUGGAUGGUAUUCUUGUGGUCCUACUGUCUAUAAUUGGUCACAUCUUGGUCAUGCAAGGAACUACAUGAGCUUUGACAUUCUUCGAAGGAUUCUUGAAGAUUAUUUCGGUUAUGAUGUCAUGUACGUCAUGAAUAUUACUGAUAUCGAUGACAAGAUCAUUAUUGGAGCAAGACAAGAACAUCUAUUUGCUGAAUACAAGAAACAAUUCACAUCUAUAACGCCAGAACUGACUCAUGAAGUGGAUUUGGCAUGGUCGCGUUAUGUUCAAAAAAGAAUAUGCAACUACGUGGCUGGAGAGACACUCAAGACAUCAUUUGAAGAGCUAGUAACUGAUGUAUCUAAGAAUGGAAUACCGAAAGCUGCUGAAAAGGAUGAGAAGUUUUCCAUGUACCUCAAAUCUGCGACGGCGGCAUAUGAAGCCUUGAAACAUAUAGACAAGCAGAGUGUGACAUCUUUGCUCGAUGCAUCGCAAGAUGUUUUGAAAGAGUACUUGGACAAUCAAAGUGGCUCAACGGUUACAGAGCCAAAGAUAUUCAGAGAGUUUGCUGCAAAUUGGGAGCAGUUGUACUUCGAGGAUAUGGAUCUACUGAAUAUUCGUCGUCCAGAUGUGUUGACACGUGUCAGUGAAUACGUGCCAGAGAUUGUGGAAUGGACUGAAGUCAUAGUGCAGAAUGGAUAUGCAUACGAAGCACAAGGAUCAGUAUACUUUGACACCCAAUCCUUCCAGAAAAAACCAACCCACACAUACGCUAAACUAGCGCCAUCAUCAGCAAACAACCUAGAUUUAAUCGCAGAGGGUGAAGGAUCCCUGACUGGCUCAGGGAUCGCGAAACGAUCACCAUCUGAUUUCGCAUUAUGGAAAUCGUCUAAACCCGGUGAACCUGCUUGGCCUUCCCCAUGGGGUUUAGGGAGACCUGGAUGGCAUAUAGAGUGUUCGACUAUGGCUAGUGAAGUGCUGGGUAGUAGGAUUGAUGUGCAUACCGGUGGUAUAGAUUUGGUGUUUCCCCAUCAUGAUAAUGAGAUUGCUCAAUCUGAGGCGUAUUAUGAUCAUUCGCAAUGGGUCAACUACUUUUGGCAUGCUGGUCAUUUGCAUAUUGAAGGGAAGAAAAUGUCCAAGUCUCUCAAGAACUUUAUUACCAUUCGAGAGGCACUCCAACAAUAUUCAGCAGUUCAAAUUCGAUACAUGUUUCUGAUGCACAGUUGGGGCUCAUUGUUGGAUUAUUCGGAAGGAUCUAUGGCUGGUGCCAAGUCGUUUGAGUCUGCUGUCAAUAAAUUCUUGUUGAAUGCCAAAUCUCUGAUACAAGAAUCAAGGUCAACCGAAGCCAAGUUUACAGGAGCCCAUAAUUUCCGUGAUGAUGAGAAGAGGCUUAGUGACUCUCUCAAAUCAUCACAAAUGACCGUCCACGCUGCUCUCUGUGACUCAUUUGAUACACCAGAAGCCAUACGUGCUAUAUCAGACCUCAUUGGGGCAGGAAACAUUUACAUUUCUGCUAAAGCCAAGGACAAGAAUGCUCGUGUGAAUCCCGAUAUAUUAGAAAAGACAACUAGAUACGUCAAUAGAAUGCUCAAGACGUUCGGUAUCUUGGGAGAUUCGACGAGUGGUAGUGGUGGUGGUAAUGUGGAAGAUAUCGUUCAGAGUGAGAUGAGAGCGCUAGCAGCUUUUAGAGACAAGAUUAGAGAUUUGGCUCGUCAGAAAGGAGCAUAUACCGACUUUUUAACGGCGGUUGAAAACAUUCGACAAGAUAAAGCCGUUCAUGCUGCCUUCUCUCCUAUCAAGGCUGCCGACAUAAGAGGGCCUUAUUUGCAUGUCGUCAAAAGCUUUGUUGAUUCUGUCGAAUCAUUAGCUAAAUCGCAACAACCGCAUAUUCAGUUCUUGUCGUUGUCGGAUAAGCUGAGAGAUGAACAAUUGGCAGAGCUGGGAGUUGCUUUGGAUGAUCGUGAAGAUGGUACAGCUCUAGUCAAAUUCGUAGAUCCAGAGCUACUACUAGCCCAACGGGACGAGAAACGACUAAAAGAACAAGAAAAACUCUUGAAGAAGGAAGAAGCUGCUCGAGCUGCUGCUGCCAAGAGAGCUGAAAGGUUAGCUAAGGGGGCUACUCCUCCGAGUGAAUUGUUCCGUACCAGUGAAUACUCACGAUGGGAUGAAAAGGGCAUUCCAACACAUGAUGCAGCUGGUGCUGAGAUAUCAAAAGGAAAAGCCAAGAAAGCUGUGAAGGAGUAUGAUGCUCAAUCUAAGCUUCAUGACGAAUAUUUAAAGGAAGUGAAUGGUGGCAGCAGUACGUAA